UGCAUUGUCACUAAUACCGGAAGUUGGAGCUACAAUCUCAUCGUCCUUUGCCGAAAACGUUUACCUCCGAGAUAAGAAUGAAGAAGGAACACGAAGAAGUCAUUUUGAAAGCAUGUGGAGCAAAGUCUCUGCAGAUUGGGGCAAAGAUUCAGACGUUGUGGAGUGGUUAUGGUGAAAUAUUAAGAGUCCACUUGCAGGGAUGUGACAGACCCUCUGUUGUUGUAAAACAUGUGAAGUUUCCCCAAAAACUGAAACAUCCAGGGGGCUGGACCACAGACAUCUCUCACCAACGUAAAGUGCGAUCCUAUCAAGUAGAAAGUUAUUGGUACCAAAACUACACUGCCAAUGAACGAUGUCGAGUUCCCAUUUGCCUUGCUGCCCAGUCAUUUGGUGAUGAGCAGUUAAUUGUUCUGGAAGACCUAGAUGUGGCCGGAUUCCCAGAUAGAAAGACCAGUGUUAAUGAUGCUGAAAUAAAGGCCUGUCUCAGUUGGAUUGCCAACUUUCAUGCCCUGUUUCUUGAUGUAUCUCCAAAAGGACUGUGGCCUAUAGGGACUUACUGGCAUUUAGAAACAAGACCUGAAGAGUUAGAAGCCAUGUCAGAUCAAAAACUCAAAGCAGCUGCUGCAGAGAUAGACAACGUCCUGAACAACUGCUGUUUUAAGACAAUUCUUCAUGGUGAUGCGAAACUAGCUAAUUUCUGCUUCUCCCAGGACGGUUUACAGGUUGCAGCUGUUGAUUUUCAGUAUGUUGGUGGAGGGUGUGGGAUAAAGGAUGUUAUUUACUUUUUGGGCAGCUGUAUGAAUGAGAGAGAGUGUGAAAAGAGAGUGCCUGGGCUUCUAGAUCACUAUUUUUCAGAGCUACGGAUAAGCGUUGGCAAAAAAGCCAAUUUCCCAGAACUGGAGAAAGAAUGGCGAAGUAUGUUUGCUUUCGCUUGGACAGACUUUCAUCGCUUUCUCCUUGGAUGGAUGCCAGGACAUCACAAGAUUAAUAAGUACAGCAAGACACUUGCUCAGGAGGUUUUAAACAAUUUGAAGCAAUCUCAAUCAAUGUGAAAUGCAGGAGGCAGAUGGGUGUGGUUGAGUUUUGUACUGAAUCUAUAAAGGAAUCUUGUAAUGUGGCUGUAUGUUUCAGAACUGGUUGUAUUCUGUAUGUAAUGUGAAUGAAAAUAUGUACAGAUUAAUAGUAAAGAUAAAGGAUACCCAUCUACAUGUAAUGGUAGCCAGCUGGUAGGUAGCUGUGCAGUGUGAAAACCUCCCUCCCUUACCUCAAGUGGCGCACAAGUGACUGACACUAGAGGCUUUAACAUUUAGCCUCCUCGUUAGCGUGCCUGCCUCCCUUGCCGGAGACACCAGUUUGAAUCUUGCUCGGAGCGGGUUGAACAGAACCGGUUACAUACACAUUGCUACACAUACAAAUGUUUCAUAAUAGAAAGAUUUUAUAAUUACACUGUUCUGAUAAGGAGAUAAUUGGAAACUUUCGUCAUCAGUAAUGCCAUAAGAAUGACUCAAUAAGUUCCUUUUGAACUAAUUAUUAAGUUAGGAUAUGCCAAAAUCAUCAUAAUAAUUCAAUCAUAAUUAAUUUGCUGUAUUCUGCUCCAAGAUAACAUGCAUCCCUUUUGCAUCUAUCUGUUCUGUCUUCUUAAUCAACUAAAAUACCUUCAACUAAAUUGUCUGUUUGAUGUCAUGGGUGAAAAUAUAUUUCAUUAUACAUUUAAAAAUAUUUCUCUUUUUUUUUUUAUUUACACAUUUAAAUAAUAUGACAAAUUUCCAUAAAAUUAAAUUGAGUCAUCUUGGACUUACAAUGAUUCAAACUCAAUAGUUUUUAGUUACAAUGCCAUUGUAAAAUGUCUCUAUUCACAGACAGCCAGGAUUAAUUUAAUCCAUGGGAGAAAGUGUGCAAUAACACAGCAGUUACUGAGAUUAAGCAAAAAGCAUUUGACUGAUCUUGUGAUUUUAACAUGACAUCCCCCAUGAGGGGACCCUCUCUAUGCAGAAUAAAACAACU